AUGAUGCCCACCCUAUCUUUUUCUCCCAAGCGCAAACGAGAACCUUCAGAAUCAGACUGCUACAGCCCCUCCGCUUCUCCGACAUCUACCGUUUCCACCGACAGUUUUCAAGAUACUCGUUUCCAAGAGGACGAGCUAGGGAGACACAGUCCGCAAGCCGCGGUAGCUGGACGGUUUGGAGAGUUGGCCAUCCGUGGCGAGCUCCAGUCAGACGUGGCAGCUUUCACCGAUUCUCAGCAAUCGCUUACUUCCUCGGCCAAAGAAUGCGAAUUUGACUGCACCGUAUCCCAGAAUAUGCCCGAAGCUUUACCGGCAAGCACUGAGUCCAGUGACCGCCAAGCGACGUUAUCUGAAGCGCCUGCGACACAAUAUCAACCGACUUCCUUACUCACUUCUCCUACGAAGAAAUCAACGUCUUUCGCUCAGAAGCAUAUAAAUUCCUCGCCCUCCAAACGCAAGCAAAGAGUGUCUCCCCCUCUUACAGACACCCUUUCUGAAGACCCGCUGGUAUGGCAUGAUUCCGAAAUAACAGGCCACAACCCAUCCGAUCCAAGUGAUGACGGCUAUGGUAUCAAUGGUAUAGGCUUCAAACCCACUGCGUCCAUUGCAUGGGCUAGGUCACAGAAACGACAGAAGCAAGUCAGCGAAUGGAAGAAUCGCGAAGCCCGCGAGGCUCGCGAAAGACGGCGCGAGAGAAGGAGAGAGGGUGGCGAACUAGAUAAAAUACACAGCAUACAUGACGGUGCAAUUCACAAACGAGUCAAAUUCGAUGUCUAA